AUGAUCAAGAACGAAGUAAGGAUGAGAGUAAGUAUUGUCGAGGAGAGAUCUGAUUUACGUGACUUGACUGCUGCUGCAAUGAAGGCUACGUACAAUACACGGAAACCAGGCGGAGUUGAAAGAUGCAUCGAUUUGUUGAAGCACUUGAAGUCUCUAUCUCUUUCCGUGAAGGAUAUGGAACAUUCUGAAUCAAUAGCUAAGCUGGAGGCUUUGAAAAGUCAUAGGAACCCUAAGAUCCGUAAGGAAGCUCAAGUUUUGUUUCAUUCGUGGUUGAAGACAAUCUACACCCAAGGAAGCGACAACUCUUUCCAAGCUACUCUUACCAAGGCUCGUCUGGAGAGAAAGAAGCCUGUACUAACAAGGUGUUCGGAGUUGAAGAAGACGGAAGAACGGAGAUCUACGUCUCAUGAAGACGGAAGAACGGAGAUCUUCUCGGGGUUGAAGAAUAAAGAUGACGAGAGUGCUCAGACUCUUGAAGCGGUAGAUAUUAAGAAAACGAUCAAACUCUUGGAGUUGAAUAAGAAAGAAGAUCAGAGAUCAUUGACUCGUGAAAGAGAGAAGAUUAAGAAAGAAGAAAGGAACGACGUUUUGGUGCUGAAACAGAAAGAGGAUCAUAAAUCUGAGACGUGGGACGAGAAAUAUACGAAGAAAGAUACAAAGAAUGAUCUAAAGCAGCUCAACCUGAAGAGAAAACGUGUCCCUUUGGAGGAUGGUACGACGAAGAAGCCACGUGAAGAUAUUGCCUACGUACGAAGUUCCAGUUCAUUGACAAAGAAGACUAUAACAGAAAAGGAGCUGAAGAACAAGAAAGUGGAUGAGAUGGUGAAGCUGUUCGAAGCAGCAAAGAAAGCUGCUGAUGUGGCCAACGCUAAGGGCAUUCUCUCGGGUAAACUAGAGGCCUCUCGGUGCAUUGACGCACUAGAGUUACUCAAGAAAAUCAAUAUCAGUCCAAAACCUACUGAGCCAAGGAGGAUGAUGGAAAAGCUUGAGGGACUUACAAAGCAUAAAGACCGCAAAAUUUGCCAUGUUGCAUCAGCCCUUCUUCAACUUUGGAGACAGAGGAUCAGAGAUCAAGUGCGUAAAAGGUCUGUGACCAAGACGUGUCUUAACAACUCUCGUGAAGCUCGUUAG